AUGGUCUGCCCGUGGAUGCCUCAACUCCUGUCGCGGGCGGUGAUCCUGGCGCUCUUUUUCCUUCCCCAGGCACGGCCGGCAGGCGUUUUCGAGCUUCAGAUUCACUCUUUCCGGCCGGGACCAGGUCCAGGGGCCCCCAGGUCUCCCUGCAGUGCCGGGGGCCCCUGCCGCCUCUUCUUCAGAGUCUGCCUGAAGCCAGGGAUCCCAGAGGAGGCGGCGGAGUCUCCGUGCGCUGUGGGCGCGGCGCUGAGUGCGCGUGGACCGCUCUACACCAAACUGUCCCGGGCUCCAGCUCCUGACUUGCCGCUGCCCGACAGCCUGAUGCGCGUGCCCUUCCGGGACGCCUGGCCGGGCACCUUCUCUCUCAUCAUUGAAACCUGGAGAGAAGAGUUAGGAGAGCAGGUUGGAGGGCCCGCCUGGAGUCUGCUGGCGCGUGUGGCCGGCCGGCGCCGCCUGGCGGCCGGGGGCCCCUGGGCUCGCGACGUGCAGCGCGCCGGCGCCUGGGAGCUGCGCUUCUCUUACCGAGCGCGCUGCGAGCCGCCGGCCGUCGGGGCCGCGUGCGCGCGCCUCUGCCGCUCGCGCAGUGCCUCCUCGCGGUGCAGCCCGGGACUGCGCCCCUGCGCGCCGGUGGAGGACGAGUGCCAGGCGCAGCCGGCAUGUCGAGCCGGCUGCAGCCCAGAGCAUGGCUUCUGUGAGCGGCCUGAUGAAUGCCAAUGCCUGGAAGGCUGGACUGGGCCCCUCUGCACAGUCCCUGUCUCCAGCAGCACCUGUCUCAGCUCCAGGGGCCCGUUCUCUGCUGUCACUGGAUGCCUCAUGCCUGGUCCUGGGCCUUGUGAUGGGAAUCCAUGUGCCAACGGGGGCAGCUGUAGUGAGACACCCGGAUCCUUCGAAUGUGCCUGUCCCCGUGGGUUUUAUGGGUUGCAAUGUGAGGUGAGUGGGGUGACAUGUGCGGAUGGACCUUGUUUCAAUGGUGGCUUGUGUGUGGGAGGUACAGACCCGGAUUCUGCCUACAUCUGCCACUGCCCACCUGGUUUCCAAGGCUCCAACUGUGAGAAGAGGGUCGACCGGUGCAGCCUGCAGCCAUGCCAAAACGGCGGGCUCUGCCUGGACCUCGGCCACGCCCUGCGCUGCAGCUGCCGCGCCGGCUUCGCAGGGCCACGCUGCGAGCACGACCUGGACGACUGCGCCGGCCGCGCCUGCGCCAACGGCGGCACGUGUCUGGAAGGCAGCGGCGCGCGCCGCUGCUCCUGCGCGCUGGGCUUCGGCGGUCGCGACUGCAGCGAGCGCGCCGACCCCUGCGCCGCGCGGCCCUGCGCCCACGGCGGCCGCUGCUACGCCCACUUCUCCGGCCUGGUCUGCGCCUGCGCGCCCGGCUACAUGGGCGCGCGCUGCGAGUUUCCCGUUAACUCCAACGGCGCGGACGGCGACGGCGACAGCGUAGGCGCCUUGCCCGCGGCCCCGCGGGGCCUGAGGCAGGGUGGCCCGCAGCGCUUCCUUUUGCCGCCGGCCUUGGGGCUGCUGGUGGCUGCAGGUUUGGCCGGCGCUGCGCUCUUGCUGGUCCAUGUGCGACGCUGUGGCCCUGGCCGCGGUACUGGGUCUCGCUUGCUGGCGGGUACCCCGGAUCCACCCGUCUUUGCGCUCCCAGAUGCACUCAACAACCUGAGGACGCAGGAGAGGCCCGGGGAUGACCCGAGCCCGUCAGUAGAUUGGAAUCGCCCCGAAGAUGGAGACUCUAGUGAGAUUUACGUCUUAUCUGCUCCUUCGGUCUAUGCUGGGGAGGCCUGACCUGCUCCUUCUCCAUCAGCGCCUGGAGACAGAGCUUGGAUAUUUUUGUAUUUACUUGAUGGUGCCCAACCAAUCUCCGCCUGACACUUCUUCAACCUGGAAGGGGUGGCCGGGAGAAUUUUACAGCUGGAAGUACAUAAUGGUUAUUUAUAUCAUUGAGUUUUUUUCUUUCCACUUCUCCAGAGACUUCUGACUUUUGUUGAUCAGCUUUGAUGCAUCAGACUUUGUGUUUUGUAUCUGGUGUUGGGGCUGCUCCACUUUGUUUUCACUCUGGGGCGGAGGCAGCCUCUAUCUGACACAUUUCUGGGCCCUAUGGGAAAGGAAAUAGUAGACCAUGUGCUGAGGCUCCUAACACUUCUCACAUUUUAUUGAGUGAAGGAAGUCACAUGGUUAAGCUUGGUUCCUAUGGGGCAGUAAGUAAAUCCUCUUGUGAGGGAGGGAAGUGAAUAGUUUGAAUGGAAUAGAGUCUGCCAUAGAUAUAUCCCCAGGAGAGAGAUUGCCUGGUUAUAGGUCACAGCUACCAAUUUCACCAAGUAUUCACAGAUUGCUUCUUCAGUCCACACUCCCACCAUGAUGUACAAGAAUUCCUGGGGAGACUGUCUUUUCUCUGUGUAUACCUUUGUUCUAUUCCAGGGGUCCUCAAACUACGGCCCGCGGGCCACAUGCAAAUACAAAUAUUGUAUUUGUUCCCGUUUUGUUUUUUUUACUUCAAAAUAAGAUAUGUGCAGUGUGCAUAGGAAUUUGUUCAUAGUUUUUUUUUAAACUAUAGUCCAGCCCUCCAACGGUCUGAGGGACAGUGAACUGGCCCCUGUUUAAAAAGUUUGAGGACACCUGUUCUAUUCUAUUUAAAAAGUUUCCCCAUGUAUACAUAUUAUUGUUUUGGAAAACCUCAGAAAGGAUCCCCUGUAACAUCACCAGUUAACAACUUUUUCUUUCUUAGUGGUAUCAGAUAGAAUAGCAGACCGAUUCCUUCUGUUGUCCCUAAGGGAGGUGCACUAAGAUCUGCUCACAUUAAAAAUGUUGGAUAUUGGCAAUUUGAUACCAUUCAACUGAAUACUAAUUAACAGGAAAUUCAGGGGAUACAGGAUGUUUUAUGAUACAAUGGGGAUGAGCAAAAUCCAGACGGGAUUCUAUGGGAUACAUGGUUGGCUUCUUCAAGAAAUAAUUAGCAUUUCACUUCCUAUCCAUUAGAAUGACUGUAAUCACAAUGACAGACAAAAACAAGUGUUGGCAAGGAUUUGGAAAAAAGGAGACUGCCAGACACUGCUGGUGGAAUGUACAAUGGUGAAGCCCCUUAGAAAACAGUUUGGCAGUUUUUACAAAAAAUUAGACAUACCCUAGCUGGUUUGGCUCUGUGGAUAGAGCGUCAGCCUGCAGACCGAAGGGGGUUGAUUCUGGUCAAGGGCACGUACCUCAGUUGCAGGCUCCUCCCCAGCCUGGUCAGGGUGUAUGCAGGAGGUAACCAAUCGAUGUGUUUCUUUCACAUUGAUAUUUCUCUCUGUUUCCCACUCUAUUCCAUUCUCUCUAAAAAUGAAUGGAAAAAUAUCCUUGAGUGAGGAUUGAAAAAAAAAAAAAUUAAACAUAGAAUUACCGUAUUACCCAGCACCUUUACUUCUAGGUAUCUACCCAAGAGGAAAAAUGUAUAUACAUACAAAAACUUGGAUGUACAUGUUCACAGCAGCAUUAUUCAGAAUUGCCAAAAUGUGGAAACCACCCAAGUAGCUAUCAACUGAUGAGUAAACAGAAAUAUAGUCUAUCUCUACAGUGGAAUAUUAUUCAGGCAUAAAAAGGAGUGAAGUACCAUACAUGCUACCUCAUACAAACACACUAAAUACAAGGUGCUGGUCACAUGAUUCCAUUUACUUAUUUUUUAUUUUAAUUUUUUUUUAAUUUUUGAAAAUAUAUUUUUACUGAUUUCAGAGAGGAAGAGAGAGGGACAGUGAGCUAGAAACAUCAAUGAUGAGAAUCACUGAUCGGCUGCUUCCUGUACACUCCUACUGGAGAUCAAGCCCGCAACCUGGGCAUGUGCCCUUGACCAGAAUUGAACUUGGGACCCUUCAGUCCAUAGGCCUAUGCUCUAGCCACUAAGCAAAAUUGGCUAGGGCACAUGAUUCCAUUUAUAUGAAACUAGAGGCUCGGUGCAUAAAAUUUGUGUACUGGGGGCGGGGGGUCCCUUAGCUAAGAUUUGUAAACAGCCCAAGUGCCCAUCAGUAGAUGAAUGGAUAAAAAGGCUGUGGGAGCCCUAGCCAGUUUGGCUCAAUGGAUAGAGCAUCGGCCUGCAGACUAAAGGGUCUCAGAUUCUAUUCCAGUCAAGGUCACAUGCCUGGGUUGCAGGCUCGAUCCUCAGUGGAGGUGUGCAGGAGGCAGUCGAUCAAUGAUGUCAAAUUACUGAAAAAACAACAAACAAAACAAAACCGAAUAAGAUGGGUCAUGGGUGUCAUUCAGAUGAAGCAUCCGUUCCUUGAAGCAGGACUGGCAGUGACUGAAUGUUGAUGGUACUGUUUUGGAUGUGGAAUAAAUGGGACGUGCAAAUGCU